AUGGGUACUGGUUAAUGUUGAGAUAUUGGUUUACUGAGCAUUCUGCAACAGUUUCUAUUUAGCAUAGAUGAGUUAACUGCAAUUAAGCUUUUGAACCGAGUGAGUGUAUCUUGAGCUUGGGGUCCUUCCUGUUGGCUGGAGCAAGCAUUCUGGUCGGUUCGUAUCAGUAUGUUUUGUGGAGCACAUCUGUACCUUUUGUGGAUGCCUUGUUUUAGUCUUCAAGCUGUGGGUUUAGUACCAAAUAAGGGUGUGAAGCCCAUCCAUCGUAAAAGUUCUGGUUUUGUGCCCUUGCAUGUUGCCAGAGGAAAUUAAUGGUGGAUUCAGCUGACCAGCAAGGCAGUUUGUUUAUGUUUUAUAGUUUUUAAUACUAGCAAUCUUCUGCUGAAGAUAAAUGUCACAUGUCUAUCGUUGGUUCUUAUAGAUCUCUUGAAUAAAGGAAGGGCUUCUUUUGUUCCGCAAGAAAAUGGAGAGGUACAAGCUAAUUAAGGAAGUUGGUGAUGGAACAUUUGGUAGUGUGUGGCGAGCUAUAAAUAAGUUGUCUGGUGAAGUUGUUGCAAUAAAGAAAAUGAAGAAGAAAUAUUACUCAUGGGAAGAGUGUGUGAACCUGAGAGAAGUUAAGUCACUGCGGAGAAUGAAUCAUCCCAAUAUUGUGAAGCUUAAGGAAGUCAUCAGGGAAAAUGAUAUUCUCUACUUUGUGUUUGAAUAUAUGGAGUGCAGCCUUUACCAACUUAUGAAAGAUAGGGAAAAGCUUUUUUCAGAAGUUGAAAUCAGAAAUUGGUGCUUCCAAGUCUUCCAAGGUCUUGCAUACAUGCACCAGCGUGGAUAUUUUCAUCGUGACCUAAAGCCAGAAAAUUUGUUGGUUACUAAAGAUAUAAUCAAAAUUGCUGAUUUUGGUCUUGCACGUGAAAUCAGUUCACAACCACCAUACACGGAGUAUGUCUCAACACGCUGGUAUCGUGCCCCUGAAGUACUUCUUCAAUCAUUCUUAUAUACUUCAAAAGUUGAUAUGUGGGCGAUGGGUGCAAUCAUGGCUGAGUUAUUCACCUUACGGCCUCUUUUUCCUGGUACCAGCGAAGCAGAUGAAAUCUACAAAAUUUGUAGUGUAGUAGGUACUCCAUCUGAGGAUUCGUGGCUUGACGGGCUUAAUCUUGCAAGGGCUAAAAACUACCAAUUCCCACAGUUUACUGGUGUGCAUCUGUCUGUGUUGAUACCAUCAGCCAGUGAUGAUGCAAUCAACCUUGUUACAUCUCUCUGUUCAUGGGAUCCUUGCAAGAGGCCAACUGCUGCAGAGGCCCUUCAGCAUCCUUUCUUUCAGAGUUGUUUUUAUGUUCCACCAUCUCUUCGUCCCAGAUCAGCUAUUUCUAGGACUCCGCCAUCUGUUGGGGUUAGAGGAACAUUGGAACAGCAAUCAGCUAGGAGGUAUUCUGGGGUCCUACCCAAUGCAAAGCUCACUGGCAAUCUUAAUUCUGCGAAGAUAAAUGCAUCUUUUGGCACAGGUGUGCAACGCAAGCUGGAGAUGGUUAAUCGGGAUCCGACUAAGAAUGAUAAAUCCUUGAAGAGCCCUGCCAAACAACCUAAGUAUCGCCCACCAGGAAGAAAGAGUCCAGCAGUAUCAUUCAACAAGGAUAGAACUGCCCGUGGAGCUUCAGAUGUAGCGGAGAAGUUGGCAAAUGUGACGAUUGGAAAUCGCAGGCAGUCUGUGGGGCAGUUAAGGCCGCCACCAAUGAAAGCUGGAGUGCAGUGGACUGCGGAAUCUAAUGACAUGUUUCUUAGACCAACCCAACAGAUACAGUCUGGCAGAACUUUUUCAAGAAAAGUAGCGGGAUGAGAUAAAGAUGGCCCAGCCCUAGCGUUAUGGUUGUUUUUAUAAUAAAUAAUGGAUUUCAUUGUAUAUGGAAUCAAGGAGUCCCAAGUAUUAAACUUUGAGUGCUUUGGUUUGAGUGUCUUCCUAGCAAAUAACCAUAUAUACGCUUGGUUCUUGUUACGUUUAAGAGACUGGUUUGUUUCUGUUCACCGUUGCUUGGAAAUAAAGUAUUGAGUUUGUAAAUGA